AAUGGGAAGAGAGCGUUGGUGUCGGUGUGCAGCGGGCAGCUGACUCCGCUCUGAUGGCGGCUGGCUGCCAUGGUUCCGGUAUGCACUGAUUGAGCGAACUCCCACUCCCAUUGGACAUGGCGGAGGAUAAGUCGGAGCCCAGCCCGCCGCCGCUCCUGGUUUUCCUGGAGCCUGCUGCCGAGCUGGAAGGGGCCUCCGCCCCGCUCUCCGUGAUGGCUCCGCAGGACAAGGUGCUCCCCGGCGGGGCAGUCCGCUUUUUCUCGGACCGGGAGGAGGACGAGGCCGGGGAGGAGGAGCCGCUGCUGAAGAGGAGCUCGGUCACUUCCCCCAAGGCAGCCCGGACAGGGAGACCGAGACUGAGCUCGUCAUCCGAGCGGGACAGCCUCACCUGUACGGGCCACAGUGGGACUGGCGAGUUGAAUGUCUUCAUCGAUGAUGUAGAAUUUGCGGAUAUAAUCCACAGGGCAGAACUAGCCAUUGACAGUGGGGUUCUCCCGGACAGGAUUUCUCAGGGCUCCAGUGGAAGCUACUUUGUUAAGGAUCCAAAAGAGAAAAUCAUUGGGGUGUUCAAACCAAAAUCCGAAGAACCUUAUGGUCACCUUAAUCCAAAGUGGACUAAAUAUUUUCACAAGAUUUGUUGUCCGUGCUGCUUUGGUCGUGGCUGCCUUGUGCCUAACCAGGGAUAUCUCUCUGAGGCAGGUGCCUAUCUAGUGGAUCAGAAGUUGGGAUUGGGUGUUGUACCAAAAACCAAGGUAGUUUGGCUUGUCAGUGAAACCUUCAACUAUAGUGCCAUUGAUCGUGCAAAAUCUAGAGGCAAAAAGUAUGCUUUGGAAAAAGUGCCAACUGUAGGAAGAAAAUUCCACCGCAUUGGAUUACCUCCCAAGGUUGGCUCUUUCCAGUUGUUUGUUGAUGGCUAUAAGGAAGCUGAUUAUUGGCUCAGAAAAUUUGAAACAGACUCUUUGCCAGAGAAUACCAGAAAACAGCUCCAGUCACAGUUUGAGAGAUUGGUCAUAUUGGACUAUGUCAUUCGUAACACCGAUCGUGGUAAUGACAAUUGGUUAAUCAGAUAUGAAAGCCCAGAAGAAAAUGCUAACAUUUCAGAGACAUUCAAAGACUCUCCUGUCUCAAAGGAGUGGGCAGCUAAAGAACCAGUUAUCAAAAUUGCUGCAAUUGACAAUGGCUUGGCAUUCCCAUUUAAGCAUCCAGAUGAGUGGAGGGCAUAUCCAUUCCUUUGGGCUUGGCUUCCGCAAGCUAAAGUUUCUUUUAGCCAGGAAACGAGAGACUUGAUCCUUCCUCGCAUCUCUGAUAUGAACUUUGUACAGGACCUUUGUGAAGAUCUGUAUGAGCUAUUUAAGAAUGAUAAAGGAUUUGACAAGGCAAUAUUUGAGAAGCAAAUGUCUGUGAUGAGGGGUCAGAUUCUAAAUCUGACUCAGGCAUUAAAGGAUGAAAAAAGUCCUAUUCAACUUGUACAGAUGCCGCGAGUUGUUGUGGAACGGAGCCGCAGUGGAAGCCAGGGUAGAAUUGUUCACUUGAGUAAUGCUUUUACACAGACUUUCCAUUGUAGAAAGCCUUUUUUCUCCUCGUGGUAAUGGGAAACUACAUUGUCUUGAAUACCUGAAGCUGCUGUUUUGCACAUAGUACUGCAAAAGGUGAAAUCUACUGUUGAAUCAUACCAGCUGCCAAAGCCUCUGAUCUGUUUCAUGGAAGUUGGGUUUUUAAAUGUAGCCUUGUUUACAGUUGUCUGCUAUUGUACAAUCCAUAAGGAACUGCAUUGACUGUACAGUGUUUAUAUAUCUUUCUUUUUAGGUUGAUGUACAGUUGAAAGAGUUUACAAAUGCUGGAUAUAAUAAUUUGUGUAUACAAUUUACAGGUUUAAUUUCUUUUCAUGAUGUGAAAGAGUUGUAUAUGCCACAUGAAAUGAAGAAUCGAUGGUUAAAAUGCACUUUCUGUCCCUCCUCCCUCACCUCUUUCAAAUUUAUGACCUGAAGGCUAAUGACCAUAAGAAAACAAAUUCACAUUAUAUGCUUUAUUUACUUUUGGGACCAAAAAUGUAUUGUUUUCACCCCUUCCCUUCCUUUCCUUUUUAUGUGAAAAUUUUAUUUGAACCAAAAUUUUGAGACUUGAGACUUUCAGCAAGUCCACAUACAAGAUCCUUGCUGUGUGUACUACUAAAACGCUAAUUGGAGUGGUGAAUAUGUCCAGUUAUUUUGUAAUGUCCUUAAAAUGUGGUGCUGUAUUCGCCUGCCUUAUAGAAUACAGUGGGAGGGGGGGUCAACCAGAUGAAUGUUACUCGCUGUUCUCAAAGUGGAGUUCCUGGAAAGAAAACAGAAUUACAAAAUCUUGUUUACAACUGCUGUAAAUGUAGGACUGACACAUGCCUUUCCACUCUCAGGGUUUACAAACUACAAGCAAGUUGUUUCUGAACCAUAUAUUUUAAGCCACAAAAGAUACAUUUUUGUAAUGUUAACUUAAUUUGAGCCCCUGCAUGUGCCACACUUCUUGCUCCAAAUGUCCAGGGGCACAAAGAAGUGAUACUGUCUUAUUACUGCACUGGUCCAAAAUUUCAAAUGUCUCCAGUGCCAACCUCUACUAGUAGUGUACAUUAGCUAAAUUUCACAAGGUUUUCUUACAUAACGAAUGUAUCUGAAGAAAUGAAAUCUCUUGUCAAUGGUUAAAACUAUGUACUAUAAAAAUGUUGUUCAUAGAAUAUAAAUUAAAAAAACAAAAA